AUGAUGAAACUGAUAGUGUCACUACUUUCCAUCUGCGCCUUGGCGGCAGCUCGUCCUGGAUUCUUGCACGGCCACCACCAUCAUUAUCCGGAGUUACCCUACUAUCCACACCACCACCAUGUGGAACCGCUGCACUACCAUCUGCCCGCUGCCGUUUCCCACCAGAGUUCGACGGUGGUGCACAGUGUGCCGCACCACAUUAUCAAGCCUGUACUUCUGCCCACGGUGGUGAAGACCGUGGUCCAUCCGCCCAUCAUCAAGGCCUACCAUCCUGCGCCCAUCAUCAAGGCCUACCACCCGUUCGAUCCCUUCCAUCUGCACCACCACCACGACUUCCACGAUUACCACCUCCACUAA